GAAGUGAAAGACGUCAGGCUUGAGUAAAGUGUGCGCCAGUGUCAUAGUAAAUGUCAAACAGGAAAACGUACAUAUCUGAAUGCACAUCGCUGCUCAGUCACUCGCUGCUCAGAGAGCUGUGUGCAGCGCGUCUUUGGGUCACAAUACGGUAGCACAGUAUGACGGAAAGGAACAGUUCCAGAUGUGAUGACACAUUUAAAUCACAGCUGCUGCCGUACAUCUACGGCGUAGAGCUGUGCCUGGCUCUGGUGGGUAACGUUUUUGCCCUGUGGCUGCUGGUGACAAAGGAGAGGAGGAACUGGCACACUGGGGUGGUGUUCUCCUGCAACCUGGCCAUCAGCGACAUCCUUUACGCCCUGACCCUCCCUCUUCUGAUCAUCCACUAUGCAAGGAGAAAAGGGUGGCCCUUCCCUGAAGCCGUCUGCAAAAUAGAGCGUUUCCUGUUCUCCUGCAACCUCUACGCCAGCAUCUACUUCAUCAUGUGCAUCAGCGUCAACAGGUACCUGGCCAUCGUCCACCCCUUUUUCACCCGCAAGCAUGUGAAUCCAAAGCAUGCCAAGAUAGCCAGCCUGCUGGUCUGGAUGGUCGUAGCCAUCAUCUCGUCUCCAAUCCUAAGUUUUGCAGGCCUUCGAAAAGUGAGGUGCAGAUCCUUCUCAAACAGAGACGAAGUACCGAAGUACAGCUACAGGAUCUUCAUGGCUAUCUCAGGGUGCCUGGUUCCCUUUGUGGUCACGUUUGCAUCGUACUUUGGAGUAAUAUGGGUGGUGUUAAAAAAUGCCAACAUCACCACCCUGGAGAAGAGAAAAGUGGCUCUUAUCGUGUCCUUGGUCUGCGUCCUCUACGCCAUCUCCUUUGUGCCGUACCACAUCCUGCAAAUAUGGCACUUUCACUUAAAGGACAAAAAAAUAACCAACUGCACCGUGGACAUCGCGUACCAGGUUUCAAAAGGACUGGCGAGCCUGAACAUGUGCCUUCACCCCAUACUCUACACUGCUGUGUUCGAUAGCAUCAGGACUGCUGUUUGCUGUAAAAGGAGAUCCAAUGAAUCUCCAAUGAGUCUCCAAUAAAUAAAUAAAUGAAUAAUCGGUCUUCAUUUAUGUAUUGUCUAACAGUAGGCCUAUAAAUUGCACCUAUAAUUUCACUCAUCAUUGUGUCAUAAGUUUGUCUCAUUAUUUUAUAUUUAGCUUUUCAAUUUGGCAUUCCUACAUCCUACCAUUACUGUCCUAGCCUGCAGUCCAAGCCUUCUGGUCUCUGUAUCUUAGAUGUAAGAUUGAUUAAAGCUGUGUUAAUAAAGACAUAUUUUAUUUUUGAAAA